AUGGUCAAGAUCGCUAUCAUCUACUACUCCACCUGGGGCCACGUCCGAACCCUCGCCGAGGCCAUCAAGCGAGGCAUUGUUGCCGCCGGUGGCCAGGCUGACAUCUUCCGAAUCCCCGAGACCCUUGACGAGGCCACCCUCAAGGCUCUCCACGCCCCCGGCCCUGCCAAUGACCCCGUCAUGACCCCCGAGGUUCUGGCAACCUACGACGCCUUCCUGUUUGGCGUUCCCACUCGAUUUGGAAACAUGCCUGCCCAGUGGAAGUCCUUCUGGGACGCUACCGGUGGUCUCUGGGCCUCCGGCGCCCUCCACGGCAAGUAUGCUGGCUUCUUUGUCUCCACCGGAACCCCCGGAGGAGGACAGGAGGUGACUGUUCUCAACUGCCUGUCUGUUGUGGCUCACCACGGCCUCAUCUACGUUCCUCUGGGCUACAAGAACACCUUUGCCCUACAGACCAACCUCCAGGAGGUCCACGGUGGCUCUCCUUGGGGAGCUGGAGCCUACGCAGCUUCUGAUGGUUCUCGACAGCCUUCCAAGCUCGAGCUCGACAUGCACGAGGGCCAGGGCAAGGCUUUCUACGAGACCGUUUCCAAGGUCAAGUUUUAA